CUCUCUCUCUCUCUCUCUCUCUCUCUCUCUCUCUCUCUCUGUGAGUUCAGAAAAAUGACUGAGGCGAGUAUUUCAGUAGAUCAUGAUCAGUUCAUUUGUUCAGUGUGUCUGGAUCUCCUGAAGGAUCCGGUGACUCUCUCCUGUGGUCACAGUUUCUGUAAGAUUUGUAUUAAUAGUCACUGGGAUAAGGAGGAUCAGAAGGGCAUCUACAGCUGUCCUCAGUGCAGAGACACUUUCACACCAAGGCCUGUUCUACGCAGAAACAACAUGCUGGCUGAAGUGGUGGAGAAACUGAAGAAGAAGACUGAAGUCCAAGCUGCUUCUCCUGCUCACUGUUACGCUGGACCUGGAGAUGUGGAGUGUGAUUUCUGCACCAGGAGAAAAUACAGAGCCGUCAAGUCUUGUCUGGUGUGUGUGGCUUCGUUUUGUGAAACUCAUCUCAAACCUCAUCUUGAAAUUCCUGCUUUAAAAAAACACACAUUAAUGGAAGCCUCUGGAAAUCUACAAGAGAAGAUCUGCUCUGAACAUGAUGAAGUUCUGAAGAUCUUCUGUCGUACUGAUCAGAGAUGUAUUUGCUCUUUGUGCCUGUUGGAUAAACAUAAAGGACACGACGUUGCAUCAGUUACAGCAGGAAGAGCUGAGAAACAGAGUGAGUUAAAGGAGCAGCAGAUGAAGUUCCAGCAGAGACACCAGGAGAAGCAGAAGAAGGUGCAGGAGCUGAAACAGGCUGUGGACACUAUAAAGCUCAGUGCACAGACAGCAGUGGAGGACAAUGAGAUCAUCUUUACUGAGAUGAUCAGCUCCAUGGAGAAAAAGCGCUCGGAGGUGACGGAGAUGAUCAGAGCUCAGGAGAAGGCUGAACUGAGUCGAACUGAACGACUCCUGGAGCAACUGGAGCAGGAGAUUGAUGAUCUUCAGAGGAGACUCACUGAGAUGGAGAAGCUUUCACACACACACGAUCACAUCCAUUUCCUCCAGGCUUUAGCUUCUGGACCUCAGUCUCCUCUAUUAAACAAACCAGAAUUUGACACGUCCAGCAUCAGUGUCCCUCAACAUCUGUCAUUUGAUGGAGUGAGGAAUUCUCUCUCAGAACUGAAGAAGAGACUGGAGGAAUUCUGUGAAGAGGAAUUAAACAAAAUCCCUCCACAUGCUGCAGCAGUUCAGAUCAUUUCACCACCAGAUCCACAGAACAGAGAAGAGUUUCUGAAAUAUUUCUGUUCUCUGACUCUGGAUUACAACACGUCACAUUAUAACCUCAUUCUGUCUGAGAAGAACAGAGUGGUGACAGUCAGUAAGAGAAAACAGCAGUACUCUGAUCAUCCAGAGAGAUUUGACACCUGGUGGCAGGUGUUGUGUAAGGAGAGUGUGUGUGGACGCAGUUACUGGGAGGUGGAGUGGAGCGGUGAUUAUGGUGUAUCCAUAUCAGUCUCAUAUAAAGACAUCAGGAGGAAAGGUGAUGGUACUGAGUGUGUGUUUGGACGCAACAAACAGUCAUGGAGUCUGCGUUGUUCUUCUAGAUCUCUCUCUUUCUAUCAUGACAACAUUAUGACUGAUGUCAGAGGUCCAUCAUCCUCCAGAAUAGGAGUGUAUGUGGAUCACAGGGCAGGAACUCUGUCCUUCUACAACGUCUCUCACACCAUGAAGCUCCUCCACAGAUUCCUCACCACAUUCACUCAGCCUCUAUAUGCUGGGUUUACACUUAGUCUCCUGUCAAAAGUGAGGUUGUGUGAUCCACAAAUGAUCUUAGCUAUCUUCGAUUGUUACGCAACAUAUCUGAAAGCCAAGAAGCAGAACAAGACGUUUUCUUGGGUUUAUUGGACAAAGGGCAGAGAAAGUCCAUGGUUCAGGAAAGAGAGGAUAGGAAAGUGUCUGUGGAUCUUCAUGAAAGCAGCAAUGGAACAGUUUGGAGGUUACACAGCAGGAGAGGAUUAUAAGAACAUCCAGAGAACCCAAAAUGAAAUGAGUGAUCUUUCGUUCUCACACUCUCUCUGUGAGUUCAGGAAAAUGGCUGAGGCGAGUAUUUCAGUAGAUCAGCAUCAGUUCAGCUGUCCAGUGUGUCUGGAUCUCCUAAAGGAUCCAGUAACUAUCCCCUGUGGUCACAGUUUCUGUAAGGUGUGUAUUAAUGGCUGCUGGGAUCAGGAGGAUCAGAAGGACGUCUACAGCUGUCCUGAGUGCAGAGACACUUUCACUCCAAGGCCUGUUCUACGCAGAAACAACAUGCUGGCUGAAGUGGUGGAGAAACUGAAGAAGAAGACUGAAGUCCAAGCUGCUUCUCCUGCUCACUGUUACCCUAGACCUGGAGAUGUGGAGUGUGAUUUCUGCACCGGGAGAAAACAUAAAGCCGUCAAGUUCUGUGUGGUGUGUGUGGCUUCAUUUUGUGAAACUCAUCUCAAACCUCAUCUUGAAAUUCCUGCUUUGAAAAAACACACAUUAAUGGAAGCCUCUGGAAAUCUACAAGAGAAGAUCUGCUCUGAACAUGAUGAAGUUCUGAAGAUCUUCUGUCGUACUGAUCAGAGAUGUAUUUGCUCUUUGUGCCUGUUGGAUAAACAUAAAGGCCACAAAGCUGUAUCAGUUACAGCAGGAACAGCUGAGAAACAGGGUGAGUUAAAUCAGGAGCAGAUGAAAUUCCAGCAGAGACUCCAGGAGAAGCAGAAGAAGGUGCAGGAGCUGAAACAGACUGUGAACACUAUAAAGCUCAGUGCACAGACAGCAGUGGAGGACAAUGAGAGGAUCUUUACUGAGCUGAUCAGCUUCAUGGAGAAAAAGCGCUCGGAGGUGACGGAGAUGAUCAGAGCUCAGGAGAAGGCUGAACUGAGUCGAGCUGAACGACUCCUGAAGCAACUGGAGCAGGAGAUUGAUGAUCUUCAGAGGAGAGUCACUGAGAUGGAGAAGCUUUCACACACACACGAUCACAUCCAUUUCCUCCAGGCUUUAGCUUCUGGACAUCAGUCUCCUCUAUUAGAUAGACCAGACUUGGACACGUCCAGCAUCAGGGUCUCUCAACAUCUGUCAUUUGAUGGAGUGAGGAAUUUUCUCUCAGAUCUGAAGAAGAUACUGGAGGAAUUCUGUGAGGAGGAAUUCUGUGAGGAGGAAUUCAACAAAAUCCGUCCACAUGCUGCAGCAGUUCAGAUCAUUUCACCACCAGAGCCACAGAACAGAGAAGAGUUCCUGAAAUAUUUCUGUUCUCUGACUCUGGAUCCCAACACGACACAUUAUAACCUCAUACUGUCUGAGAAGAACAGAGCCAUGACAGUCAGUAUGAGACAACAGAAGUACUCUGAUCAUCCAGAGAGAUUUGACACCUGGUGGCAGGUGUUGUGUAAGGAGAGUGUGUGUGGACGCAGUUACUGGGAGGUGGAGUGGAGCGGUGAUGGUAUUGUGUCCAUAUCAGUCUCAUAUAAAGACAUCAGGAGGAAAGGACGGGGUGAUGAGUGUCGGCUUGGACGCAACAAACAGUCCUUUAGUCUGGAAUGUUCACCUUCUUCUUCUUCUCUCUUCUAUCACAACAACAUUAUGACUGAUCUCAGAGUUCCAUCAUCCCCCAGAAUAGGAGUGUAUGUGGAUCACAGUGCAGGAACUCUGUCCUUCUACAGUGUCUCUCACACCAUGAAGCUCCUCCACAGAGUCCACACCACAUUCACUCAGCCUCUAUACGCUGGGUUUACACUUAGUCUUCUGUCAAAAGCGAGGUUGUGUGAUCCACAAUAACAUGUAUCUGGUGUUUUAUGGUCAGUAACAAGUACAAAUUGAAUGAUUAAUGAUCUUAUAGACAAAGUGUUUCAUUUCAGCAGGAUUACUCCUUAUAGUGUCAUUAAAGAGGUCGUUCCUGAGAAA